CCCGAGCAGCUCGAAGCUCGGCUUCGGCUGGGCUCGGCUACAACCCUAGGCUUUGUUCCGCCGAAAACAAUCGCUGUAGUGGAGUUCGUCGGCAGGCAACAAAGAUCGUAUAGAACUGCCGGAAACCCCGAGGCGGAGGCAGAGGCACGACGUCUUCGGAGAGGUCGAUCUGCCAGAGACGGCGGGAAGGGAGUAAUGAACUGGCUUCGUCGUGUAUGUCGGCCGCUGCCGCGGACUCUGUUCUCCAGAUCGAGCCUUCGUCAUCCGUGUUCCGUAGGCCGCCGUGGUAACUGCGCUCUGAUUGUAGGAGCCUUCUUGAUCGGAAGUCGUGGGAGAAGGAGCGGUUUUGCGCCUCACCUCAGUGGAUUCCCGUCGGUCUCGUAUUCUACAGGAUUGGUUUCUGUUGAACAAGAAAAUGCGAUUAAGGCUUUGGAACUCUUUAUUUCUACCAAGAAGGAUGAGUCAAUUUCAGUUAAGGAAAUCUGUACUAUUUAUAUUGAGAAACUCUGUAGAUCAGGCAAUCUGUCAGAUGCUGCUUAUUUGUUGAGACAUUUGCACAGUAGAGACAUCAAUGUGUGUCUGAAUACCUAUAACAGUCUUCUUACGGCAAUAGUUGAAUCAAAUAAUUUCUGUCUUUUCUCUGAGGUCUUCAAGAGUUUGCUAAUAUCUAAUCUGCCUCCUGAUAUUACCUCUUAUAACAAAGUUGCAGAGGCUUUUCAGAAAGUGGCUGAUUCAGAUCUGGUAGUCAACUUCAUCAAAGAUGUGUGUGACAUUACAUUUGGUAAAGAUCCUACUGUCAUAAACAGGAUCAUUUUCGUGGCCGCCAAAUUUGGGCAGAUUGACAAAAGCUUGAUGAUAUUUAAAAUAUCGAAGAAUCUGGAUUCAAAAGUGGACACGGUUACAUUUAAUACAGUUUUAGCGAUAUUGGGCAAAGCAGGUCGAAUAAAUGAGAUGAUGGCUGAAUUUAUGGUUAUGAAAGAUCUUGGGCAUAUUCCUGAUAUGAUUACUUAUAGCACCUUAAUCAACUGUCUGCGGAGGCUUGGUAGGCUUGAUCUUUGCAAGACCAUUGCAAAUGAAAUGCUUGAGCAUGGAUUUGAGAUGGACUUGCUUACUUCCACUGCCAUAGUUGAUGCAUAUGGACGGGCAGGGCAUGUUGAAGAUGCACUUGGGACAUUUGAAGAGAUGAAGAAAUCUCAACAUCCUUCUGUUUAUGCCUAUCGUUCAGUUAUCAGUGACUUGAAAAGGGCAGGAAAAUUUGAAUUAGCACUACGUUUAUCUGCAGAAAUGAACUCGAGCACUACAAAGCUUGCUGGUCCUGAAGAUUUUAAACAGAAAAGAAAGAGCAGAUGGAAGAUUAAGCAAGUUGGUUAAGGUCUCGCUUAUGGUUUUCUCUUUGAAGUUCUAUUUUUGCUGUUGCAAAAGUUGGACACCUAACAGUUCAAGCUUGAUUCAGAACAAAAGCUGCUGGGGAAGAUUUUCACUUAGAUCUGCGGAGAUUUUAAGACGAGAUCAAAGUUGUUGAUGAUUGAAAAAGUCAAUAGUCCUUGGGUGGUAUCUUUUAGCAUCUGAGUUUUCUUCUUCAAUGCAAAAUACACAAAAUAAAGCAAUUCUCUUAUUGGAAAAUUUACUGAGAGGAAUGGCACAGAUACCAUACCGGAAAACUGAUCUCACUAGCAAGCACAAACUUAUGCUACUCUUUCAAGAAUCUUCUUGUGGGAUCUGAACACUAAUGAAGAAAAUGUUUUGGCCUAUGGAUGCCCUCUAGAAAAUAUUAUGGGUUGACUUAUGGACAAAUAUGAGCUCACCAGGUGCAUUGUGGACUGUAUUAGUGAAUUGGAGUUUGUGUGGCAUGUAACAUGAUGGUGUAUCUCAGCCAAUCUCUUGUUGAUAAAAUUGAAAGCAAGAUUUCAUCCUAA